GUGAUGAUAGCAUUUGAAGAGCUGGCUGUGUACUUUACCUGGGAGGAAUGGCAGAACAUGAACCAAGCUCAGAAAAUCCUGUACAGGGAUGUGAUGCUGGAGACCUACAGCAGCCUGUUCUCCGUGGGACACUGCGUGACCAAACCUGACUUGAUCUUCAAGUUGGAGCAAGGAGCAGAGCCCUGGAUAGGGGAAGAAUGCCUACAUCAGAGCCUUCCAGUUGCCAUGAAAAGGGAUGACCUGAUUAGGAACAACCAGAAAAGUCAGGACAAAAAUCUGAAUCAGGAUGUUAUGAAAAAUAAGAAGACAUCAACUCCCAACAUCAUUGAAUUAAGAAAAACACUUCAUUUGAGUUCAAACCAUAUUCCAAAACUGAGUAUCAAAAAGAGAAUCUAUUCAGGAAGGAAACCUGAAGAAUACUAUAUAUGUUACAAUGUGCAUCCCCACUGUGGGCCUGAUCAACUACAAACUGGAGAAAAAUUUGAUGCUACUAAGGUACCUGGGAACACUGUUCAGUUCUGUGAGGCUCUUAAUCAACAGCACAAAAUUCAGACUGUGCUACAGGCUUUUGAACCAACUAGACAAGGGAAAGUCUUCAAAAGGAAAAAUGUAUUUUGUAAAUCUGAGAGGCAUUUUAUGGUAGAAAGUAAUACAUCAACUGCCACUAUUGGCAAGACAACUCAAAUAGAACAAGAUUUCCAUAAAAAUUCUAACCUCAGUAUGCAUCAACAAAGUCCCAGAAGAGAGAAAGUUUAUGAAUAUACUAGUUCUUUGGAACCUGUCAUUGACCAAAUAAAUCAUAGACCACUUAUAGGGAAGAAACCAUGUGCAUGUAAGCCUUGUGGAAAAUCAUUCAGUGAUAAAUCCUGCCAUGCCAUCCAUUAUGGUACUUAUGCAGUGGAAAACCCUCAUGUGUUUAAUGAACAUGGAGAAGCCAUUUACUGGAAGUCACAUCUGAUUAAACAUCAGAGAAUUCACAAAGGGGAAAAGCCUUAUGAAUGCAAUGACUGUGGAAAAGCCUUUGGCUAUAAAACAAAUCUCAUAAAUCAUCAGAGAAUUCACACAGGGGAGAAACCUUAUGAAUGUACUUACUGUGAAAAAGCUUUUGGCCUUAAGUUACAACUCAUAAUUCAUCAACGAAUUCACACAGGAGAGAAACCUUAUGAAUGCAAUGACUGUGGAAAAGCAUUUCACCAGAAGUCAAACCUCAGAAGGCAUCGGAGAAUUCACACAGGGGAGAAAACUUAUGAAUGUAAUGAGUGUGGAAAAGCCUUUGGCAAGAAGGCAUACCUCAUAAAUCAUCAGAAAAGUCACACAGGAGAGAAACCUUAUGAAUGCAGUGAUUGUGGAAAAGCUUUUGGCUUUACAAUAAACCUCAUAAGUCAUCAGAGAAUUCACACAGGGGAGAAACCUUAUGAAUGCAAUGACUGUGGAAAAGCCUUUGGCCAGAAAUCAAACCUCAUAAGUCAUCAGAGAAUUCAUUCAGGGGAGAAACCUUAUGAAUGUAAUGAAUGUGGAAAAUCCUUUGGCUAUAAAACAAACCUCAGAAAGCAUCAGAGAAUUCACACAGGGGAGAAACCUUAUGAAUGCAAUGACUGUGGAAAAGCCUUUGGCCUUAAGUCAAACCUCAUUAAGCAUGAGAGAAUUCACACAGGGGAGAAACCUUAUGAGUGCAGUGAGUGUGGAAUAGCCUUUGGCCAGAAGUCACACCUCAGUAAGCAUGAGAGAAUUCACACAGGGGAGAAACCUUAUGAAUGCAGUGACUGUGGAAAAGCCUUUGGCCAGAAGUCAAACCUCAUAAGUCAUCAGAGAAUUCACACAGGGGAGAAACCUUAUGAAUGUAAUGACUGUGGAAAAGCCUUUGGCCUUAAGUCACACCUCAUUAAGCAUGAGAGAAUUCACACAGGGGAGAAACCUUAUGAAUGCAGUGACUGUGGAAAAGCAUUUCACCAGAAGUCAAACCUCGUAAGUCAUCAGAUAAUUCACACAGGGGAGAAACCUUAUGAAUGUAAUGGCUGUGGAAAAGCCUUUGGCCUUAAGUCAAACCUCAUUAAGCAUGAGAGAAUUCACACAGGGGAGAAAUUUUACUUAUGCAAUGACUGUGGGAAAACCUUUGUAAAGAAGGCACACCUCAUAAACCAUCAGAGAAUUCACACAGGGGAACAUGAAUGCAAUGUCUGUGGAAAAGCCUUUCUGAGGAAGUCAGUUCUCAUCCUGCAUCAGAGAAGUCACUUAGGGGAGAAACCUCAUGAAUGUAAUGACUGUGGAAAUGUCUUUGCCCAUAAGUCAAACCUCAAAAGGCAUUAGAGAAGUCACACAGGGGAUAAUCCUUCUGAAUGCAAUGAUUGAUAAAGCCUUUGGCCAAAAGUCAAGCCUUGUAAAUCAUUACAGAAGCCACACGGGAGAAACCUUAUGAAUGUAAUGACUGUGGAAAAGCCUUUAUGUGCAAUUCAGAACUCAAUAAACAGAGAAGUCCCAGGAGAGAAACCUUAUGAUGGCAAUGACUGUGCAGAAGCCUUUGGUAAUAUGUCAAACAUCAGAAAGCAUCAGAAAAUUCACAAGGGGAGAAAUGUCAUGAAUAAUGAUGGUAGAAAGCCUUUGGAUAUAAUUCACAACUAAUAAGACAUCACUGAAUUCACACAGGGAAUUUUCCACACAAUUGCCUUUUUGUGCAAGUUUCAUUUUAUCAAAUGACAAUUCAUCAAGGGAGAACAAUAAGAUUAUUAUAAGUGUAGAUAUGCCUUUGGUGCCAAUCAUACCUCAUCAAUCAUAACAAUUCACAUGGGAAAAAUCUUAUGAAUGUAAUGAUUCAUAAAGCCUCUUACCAUAAUUUAGCCCUCAUUGCACAUCAUCAAAUUCAUACAGGGCAAAAACCCUUUGAAAGUAAUCAUGUGGAAAAGCCUUUACUUAGAAGUCAUACCCCAUAAGACAUCAUAGAAUUCACAUGGGGAAGAAAUCUUAUGAAUGUAAUGAGUGUUGGAAAGCUUUGCCAAAAUCCCAGUUACAACAUUAUAGAAUUCAUAAAGUAGAGAUCUCAUGAAUGAAAUAAACAUGGGAAAGCUUUUUGUCAUAGGUCAUACCUCAUAAUCCAUCAUGGAAUUUGAACAGAAGAGAGACUGAGAAUAUAAUGAGGCGCCAAUGCUGUGGCUCCUUUGGUCAAUUCUCUGCUUGUGGUGCUGGCAUCCCAUAUGGGUGCCGGGUUCUAGUCCAAGUUGCUCCUAUUCCAGUCCAGCUCUCUCCUGUGGCCCAGGAGGGCAGUGGAGGAUGGCCCAAGUGUUUGGGCCCCUGCACCCGCAUGGGAGACCAGGAGGAAGCACCUGGCUCCUAGCAGCCAUUUGGGGGGGGGGGUUGUGAACCAAUGGAAGAAA